GAUGGCAGCGACACUGGCGUCAUAUCAACAGGGCCGUGUACAGAUUAUUUCUACCUGAAUCGGGAUGAAAUCACUGCAGUAGUGUAGCGGCACCGCAUGCCUCAGUAGGAUUGCCAGCGGUAGCUCCUACGCCUGAAAGGGCGAAGUACGAAUAUUGCGAUAUCUUAGAAAGAAUGAGGAAGUCAUCGGCCAGUUCGGACCUGCAUCUUACAGAGAAUGCAACAUCAGGGAUCCUGUAGAGACGGCGUGUGCACGUCAGGACUGGCAUUUGUAGUCUGGUAGAGAUCAAAAGGUAGACAUCAGUGAGGUCGAAGAUGUCAUUACUGCCCGUGUUGGGAAUCCAGUCAGUGCUGUCUCCGGCAUUAAUCUUUGCUGCACUUUUCUGCAUUUGGCCAUUUCCCCAUUACGGUUGUUGGGCGCAGCACACCAGCUUUGAUCUCCCCGAGUCAGAGGAAGCCACACUAGGUGAACCCGUAACACUGCCGGCAGCAUACUCUUCAAAAUACAGCAUCAUCUCCAUCACCUGGUCAAGGGUGGUGGAGAGCCCGACAGCAUCCGACAAACGGAGCACGGUCUUCUCCUACGUUCCACUGGCCAACCUCAGCAGAGCAUACGGGCGAUACGCCGGCAGGGCCCGGUUGGUCGGAAGGGCUUCCCUGCGGAUCGAUCAGACAAGAAUCGAGGAUGAAGGAACGUAUUCACUAUCGAUAAUGACCGGUGAACUAGGAAAUGAAGAGAAAUUCAUUCAUUUGGAUAUACUCGUUCCUCCAAAAUUAGUGGUCGGACCAAGCAACCCUUACAUCACAAUAUGGGGCACAUCAGCAUCUUUGACAUGCGCAGUUGAGGACGCAAGGCCUAACAUUACGUCACUUCAUUGGGAGAAAGAUGGCGGCCGGAUAGAGACGAGAGGACUAUCUGGAAAAUAUUCGGGAGGAAACGCGAGAAUUCCAUCAUUGACUAUCCGCCACGUGACACGAUCUGACGCAGGGACUUACACAUGCCUUGUACAACACGUCACACGAAGAGCUGCUGCCAAUCUACUCAUGGAAGUCUUUUACCCUGCCUCUAUCAUCAGCAUAUCGGACCCGAAAGAAGUUUCGUUAGAGGACCACGUCACAUUUCGCUGCGUGGCUGACGGAAAUCCACCACCAAAUAUCACAUGGUCAAAGACAGGUCGGCCACUCUGGGCACAUGUCUACACAAUGUCCAGUGACGUCCGGAUCCGGACCAGUUCCCUGGUGUUGUAUAGUGUAAAUGAAAGCAGCAGUGGGUACUAUACGUGUACUGCAAGCAACGGCGUGGGGAAAAGGGCAGAGAAAUCGACAAACCUUGACGUUCUUGUUCCAGAGCGACAGAUGAGUUUGACGACGUUCUCGACCAUCGCAACCAUCAUUGGGGCUUCUGCAGGAGGUCUCUGGCUCGUCAUCUGCGUCACGCUGGCAGGGUAUCUCGUCAACAGGCACCGAAGAAAGCGAGAAGAAAGGAAAAAGUUUGCCUUUUACUAUGAUGCUAGCUUAACAAGAAGAAGCAUGUCCACCGAACCGGAUGGUAAAGAGAGUUCCACAGAUCCCCCAGGGAAGGCUAAUAGCCUGACGACGGGAGAGCGAGGAAUAGCGACGAUGAGGAGAGCACAGGGAAAUGACAGAAAAUACGCUAAAGUCAUCUACGACUACAAGCCACGGGAGGAUAACGAAUUGAAAAUGGAAGUUGGCGACAUUGUAGAGAUACUGGAGGGUGAAGAAGGGAGCUGGUGCCUGGGCUAUCUGAAGGGGCGAAUGGGACUGUUUCCUUCAAACUAUGUUUGUUUCGUACCUAUGUCAGAAGUGUCUCCAGCUACGUCACUGUACAUCCAUUGCGCGACAGACGGAGACAUGAAGCCUGCAAAUGGCAAUCUAUAGUCCAGGAGGGGAGUCUCUACGGGACAUCUUUCAAUUAUGGAUCUCACCACAAGUCAUUUGGUUACAUCAUAGCUGCUCAUUAUUUGCUGACGGUCUGUAUCGCUAUUAGACAGAACAAGGAUAUAUGAGCAGAGUCUGGAGGGCUGUCAACGUGGUGAACUAACAAAAAGUCCUCGUGUGUACUUCUGAUAUCACUGUAGUUAUGACGAAAAGAAUGAGGACUGUAUGUAUUUCCAACCGAUCUGGUGGACGAAGCUUGAAAUGUCCCACACAGAAAACCACACAGAGGGAUAUAUUCUAAGAUAAAAAAGAUCAUUACUCAA